UCUGAAUUAAAUUCUUUGCAAAAUUUAUGACGGUAUCCUUAAAUCAAACGUUCUAUCAAUUGUAUGCCAGGUGCAUGGGAACCUAAUGCUGAACAUCUGGAUGAUAAGUCCAUUUUAAGAAUGGUUUUAUCUUAUCAUGCAGACUGGAUUAAAUUUCUAGUCGCAAGUACGAGUCUUUAAAUAAGUUUCAAUUGAGGCAUUUUGGCACAGUGCAAUUGUUGAUUUACAUUGAUUAACUAUGUUUCGUUACGUUUUUGCUGUUAUACUCCUUGCUGGCGGAAUAUCUGGCGAUCUUAUGGAUGGGAUAUAUUCAUGUCCUAAUAACGUGCCACUACCCCUCGACGUCUAUGUCUACGGUUGCGAACAACUUCCGUGUCAUGUUCACAAUGGAGAAAUCGUUUAUUUUGAGAUGGAUUUCCUUGUCAGAAAUUCCACGGUAACCAUAACUCCUGGAGUGUCAAUAGUUCUUGGACCACUUGAAAUCCCAUACGAACUACCUGAGGAAUAUCUUAUUGGCUGCAAUUCUCUUAUUGGUGACAUUUCCUGUCCACUUUUUGCAAAUGAUGUAGCACGUUACGGAUUGGGAAUGAAAGUUGAAGCUCCAGUGUCUGGGGUUACAGUUAAUUUGGAAUUCUGGCUUGAGGAUGACUGGGGACAUCGGAUUGUGUGUUAUAGGCGUGAACAAAGGGUCGAUCCUCCACGUACUCUUGAAAGUACAAAUAACCAUGAUCGCAGCUAAGACCCAUUUAAUUUUUUCAAUAAAAAAAACACUAUAAUCAUGCGCUAUCAAUAUUUUUUUUUAAUCAUUGCAAUUUGAAAUCCAUUUUUUAAAUCAUUUUUUUUAUCUGUAUUUUAUGAAACAAUACGAAUUGUAAUUGUUCCACAGUAAAUUAAAUCAGAUGCACGGUCGGGGGCGACUCGUAGCUCAAUAUCAGCAUUAUAUGUUCCUGGAAAAGGUGGAACUGUCGUUGUAAUCGGGUAAGAGAACGUUCCGCUUGCUGGGCAUAGUCCUGGUGCCUCCGCGCAUACAUCAUAGGGCCCAAACAAUGUAGCACCAUUAACGGUCACAAAAGCGUAAAUUAAAUUAUAACUCUGCGGUGCGGGUAUGUUCACUGAAACUACUAUUGUAACGGAAGCACCUAUCUGAAGUUCGCAAGGAUUAGUUGUACCAGAGCAUAAGUCCACGUCGACUGAAACUGUUAUACCGUUGUUGUCACCACCUGUAAAAAUUAUUUAGUCAUCUUAAUUUAACUCAAAUAUUAAAAAGAGUACACAUCGUCUUGGAUUUAGAAUAUGUUAAAGGGAAGAAGGUGAAAUUAAAAUAAAAUAAAAUUUAAAUGGCUAUUGCACAGAUUGAAUUAUUGA